UCGACGCCACUUCCGAUUAAUUUACACUGUGCUGGCAAACGGUACGUCUGCAGCACUUUUCUCCAACGCGUGGUGACGCUGUUGUGCUAAACUAGCACAUGUCCUAAAUUAAUCCAGAGCUGUCCAACCGGCUCCCUCCGUUACAUUAAAUGAAAGCGUGUGGCGGCACCUGCUUACUAUUGAUGUUUCGGCAGUAAUGCGAAAGCCCAAGGGGAUGGUGUCGGAUAAAAACACAUAGGUCAUGAUAGAGAUUCAUAUGCAUACAGAUAGUGGAGCCGCGAGUUCAAGUAUAAUCUUGUUGGAUCUGCAAUUUGUUGAAAUAAUUCAAAGAUUUUCGGUCAUGCACUAAGACUCGCUCGAGAGGCUUAUGUCUCCGUGACACUUCUGUUAAUCCUACAAAAUGUGAAAUCAUUGGGCACCAGAUAACGCCCUUUGGAGUACCUAGUGCGCAUGCGUAAUACAUAUUCAGUGACCGAACCUCCAAGGGUAAUUGUUUAAUUCAGUCUAUAUAUACAUGCGCGUAAAGUCAGCGCUGACAUUACGCGUUUGAAAGAUUAGUUAGGUAUUAUCAACAAGUAAUUUUAUGUAAAUAUGUAAUGACGAAUUGAUGUACAAGAGAAGCUUAUGGCGGAAAAAAAUGAAAUAGCCUAUUACAUGAUCUGGUGUGAUUUGUAUAUUAGACUAACUGCCCAAUUAAGAAGGGCACUUUAUAUUUUUAAUACAAUAAAUUAUAAGAACGCUGCGUAAUUUUUGUAUGUAAUACGUUUCUUUCGUCAUUAAACUAUGUUUUUCGUGCAUAAUUAGCAGGGUAACCAGUCAGACUAACCACAUGUCCUACUGCUGAAUGGAUUUGAUGGAAAACGCAUGGUGUGUAGCGGCCCUUCCCAAGCCCUGUGAUUGGUCAAAACUAACGUCAAUCAUGGGCGUUGGGCGGAGCCGACUGUGGGUACGCUCAGCGGAGCGGGGUGGAGCUGUCAUUCCCGGCGUCGCAGGUAUUGGUAUCGCCUUUCCUAACUGAAAAGCACCUCCACUGUGGAGCUCUGCAGGACGAUUCGCCUGUCAACUAGACUCUCCGCGGCUCAGCAUCGUGAAGCGCGUCCGAUGGGCGAUGCACAGGGGCUGAAAACAGCAGCACGAAGCGCCCACCCCACCUUUGAGGAUGACCCUGUUUCUGGUCGUGGAGCUGGCUCUGUUCUUUUGCAGUGCCGGGGCAGCGCAGGCGGCACCGGGUCCGAGCGCAUCACAUGAGGCGCCUGCUGGAAGGAGCCCCCGCUCGCCGUCCGCGCUGAUCAACGCCACCAUGCUUAAUCAUCUACCGGAGGACAAAGUUGGGGUGGAGUUGGCGGCGCUCCUGCGAUCGGCCGGGCCCGAUACUGGCGGUGCGCCCUCCACAGCUGCAGCUCCGGGAGUACCUGAGGCGGCUACAAAAAUAACAAGCAAGUCGGAAUUAGCCCGCAGCCCUGUCGCCAGAUCCCCAUCUGUUGCGUCGUCCGCUAUCACCACUCCGGCGACGGAAGCGGCCCCCGACAUUACGGCAAAUGCGGCUUCCCUAAAAAGCGCCGCUUUCAGCACAAAGAGCCGACAAGUCGAGGUCCCCUGUAACUGCAGUGGCGAGGGGGCUCUAGACCCAGAUGAUUGCGACCAGGACACGGGUCAGUGUGCCUGUCUGCCAGGGUACGCCGGGACCCAGUGUGACAUGUGUGAGGACGGCCACUUCAACAACGGCUCCACGGGCUGCCUGCCCUGUGCAUGUGACUCCUUCGGUGCUGUGGACCACCGGUGUGACAGCUCUGGGGCCUGCACAUGUAAGGUGGGGGUGUACGGGCCACAGUGCGACGAGUGCCACCCGGGCUUCUACCACUUCAGCAACACCGGCUGCCAGCCCUGCCAGUGCCACAACCACUCCAGCUACUGCCACCCACAGUCUGGCAUCUGCUUGGACUGCCAAGGCAACACGCAAGGACCCAGCUGUGAGGAAUGCAGGCCGGGUUUCUACAGGCUGCCUGAUGCUAGUCUGUCGGAUGAUUGUGAUACUUGCCCCUGCUCCAGCACCGCCUCCUCAGGAACCUGUCACGUUGGUGCCAAUGGGCUCCCAGCAUGUGACCAGUGCCAUGCAGGUUACACUGGCACCACCUGCGGGCGCUGCGCAGACGACUUCUAUGGUGCCAGCAAUUCCUGCCGCCCAUGUUACUGCAGCGGUAACGCAGACCCUGCCACAGCGCCCCGCCUCUGCCACCCCGACACGGGCCGCUGCCUGAGCUGUGCCAACAACACGGCAGGGGUUCACUGCGAGCUGUGUGCCCCGGGGUACGCAGGCGACGCCCUCGGGAGAGGCUGCAUGCCUGCAGCGAGGUCCCCACCUCGAACCACCACGACCGUGACAACUACGGCACCCGUCGCACCAGCCGCUUCCCCCAGUGAUCGCCAGGGUAGCGCCACCAAGUCAAACUCUAGCGACUCCAGCAGCCCAUUGAUGCCCACCCCGCUGGGCGGCACCGUGGACAACUCCACGGCAACUGUUGCCGUGGUCACCUGGGCCCAGUUCAACGUCAUCAUUCUGGCCGUCAUUGUGGCGACUGUAGCCCUGCUGAUGGGUGCUGCCGCUGCGGUCUAUGCCUACCGCGAGUACCAGAACCGCAAGCUUAAUGCACCAUUCUGGACUAUCGAGCUCAAGGAGGACAACAUCAGCUUCAGUAGUUACCAUGACAGCCUGCCCAACGCCGAUGUGUCGGGUCUCCUGGAAGACGAGGCUGGCCAGGCGGCCCCCAAUGGCCAGCUGGCUCUCAGCAGCCCUGCCAGUGUCUACAAGGUGUAGGACAGGGGGGCGUUCCCUUGGCAAUGCCCUGCGCCACCCCUAGGCGGGCAGAGACUCCCUUGGGAUUAAUUUUUUGAUAAAUGUCAGGUGGGACCCUUCAAGAGAAGCUGCCGAAGGGGAUGUGUGGCUGGGUUUUAAAAAAAAAAAAAAAAAAAAACAUUGAGUCCCCGAUCAGGCGGUGCACCAGACUAAGGAUAUGCACAGACCCCCCCAACCUUUGAGACCUUUCCCUGACCGGAGACCUGUGGUAUGUGCACCUUAUAGGAGAUCUGGGGGGGGGGGUGCUGCCCAUUGGCUCCCAGCUGGAAAUGAGUGGCGCCCCCAUGUGGAGAGGCAGGGAACAGACAGAGUGUAAAGAACAAAGGACCAGCUGGAAAUGCACACAUAUGCACAUGCACGCAUUCUCACAUACACACACAGACAAACUUAUUUAAAACAGAGGAAUAUUUUCCUCUUGUGAACUUUUGAACUUUGCAUUAAUGGGAAAAGGGCAAUAAACAGGACAAGCAAAUAAUGAAAAUGGAUGAAGAAAACAUUUUUAAGCCUGACUAAUAUACUGCACUGAUGAAUCUUCACAGAAUCUCUGUCUUUUAUGAAUGUCUUCAUCUAAACUUUUUCCAGGUAUGACUUGGACAAAUACCUUGAAGGUUAAAACAACGUAAAAAAAAUAAAUAAAUGAAAUUCCACUGGACUUGCAAUUCAGCGCUUUGACGCUAGAGAGCAGUGCUGUCUCAAUACUCGCGCUGUCCUGCUAUGUCACGUGUUCUGUAAAAGAAUCUUUACCCCGGAGGAGUGACAUUUUUUUGGGGGGGCGUGGGGGGUGACCUCAGACAUGUCCAUUACACUGCAGGGACGCUGCCUAUCACCAGAGGAUAAGAAGAAAAGAAAUUGAGGAAAGAAAAACAUGUUUUAGUGUUAAAGAACUGAAAAGAACUGGCACAGAUCGUAAUUUUAUUAGCUUUAUUUUUAUUUAAUUUAUUGUGUUGUUUUUAAUAAUCUUUCAUUGCAAGAACAUGUUGCACAUUUCUUGUACUGUUCUGAUUUUUGCCGUUGUGGUUGGUUGCUGAAUAUCCGACACUGUGCCGAAGGCAGACUAAACUGGAUGUGCCCUCUCUGG